AUGUCGUCUUCAGAGUCCGGCGACGUGCCUAACAAGGCGACGGUAGAGGAAUUAGAGAAGGGGAGCGGGAGCGCGGUGCAAGUUCAUUCUACCGACAAGCAUUUGACGCGUAAGGUCCUAUUGAAAUUAGAUACGAGGAUUCUCCCUGUCCUCGCCGUUCUUUUUCUCUGCUCGUUUUUGGACAGGACCAAUGUCGGAAAUGCAAAGCUUUACGACCUCGAGGUCGAUAUUGGAAUCACAGACCACCAAUACGAUCAAGGUCUUGCUGUCUUCUAUGCGACUUAUAUCCUCAGCGAAAUUCCGAGUAACUUGAUCCUUAAGAAGCUUACUCCUCAGAUUUGGUUACCAUGCCUCACAUUUUUCUGGGGUGUUUGCGCCAUGUGUCUUGGAUUUGUUCAAAACUUUGCGGGCUUCGCUGCUGUCCGUGCACUUCUUGGUUUGACUGAAGGUGGUCUGCUACCAGGAAUUGUCCUAUACUUGUCAACCAUCUACACAAGAGGAGAGCUUGCCUUACGAAUCGGUAUCUUUUACACAGCUGCCUCUCUUUCGGGCGCAUUCGGAGGUCUUCUCGCCCGUGGAAUAGCUGAGAUAGGUUCUCGAGGUGGUCUUAGCAGAUGGAGAUGGAUCUUCGUCAUCGAGGGUCUUUUCACUGCUCUAGUUGGAAUUGCUGCUUACUUCCUUCUUCCCAACGGUGCUGGUUCCGCUAAGUUCCUUACUCCCGAGGAGCGUCAACAUGCCGUCAAUCGCCUUCAUGAGGAUAGAGGCCAUGGUGAUGGUAACCGUGAAAAGGAAUCUACCGAGAGCUUCGCUUGGUCUGAGGUAGGACGUGGUGUCUUUAGUUUGCAGACCUGGUUCACAGCGUGUGCGUACUUUGGCAUUCUUAGUGGGCUGUAUAGCUUCGGUCUUUUCCUCCCGACAAUUAUUACGGGUUUGGGAUACACAGCGGACGAGGCCCAACUGUGGUCUGUCAUUCCCUAUGCAGUAGCUUCUGUAAUCACCGUCGUCACCGCCUUCAUCUCCGAUCGUUACCGCGUCAGAGGAAUCGUCAUGCUCGCCUCGCUUCCAUUGGCGAUCAUCGGAUAUGGUGUCAUCGCGUACACCAACAAUAACAAAGUCAAGUACGGCAUGACCUUCCUCAUGGCUACUGGUCUUUACAGUAGUGUGCCUCCCGUUCUUGGAUGGCUCUCGAACAAUUCUGCUGGUCAUUACAAGCGAGCUACGACAAGUGCCCUCCAACUUGCAAUCGCAAACUGUGGUGGUUUCGUCGCUGUCUUUAUAUACCCGAAAGCCCAAGGUCCAGCAUACCGCGAGGGUCAUACCGUUAUUUUGGGGUUACUGUGUGCUGGAUGGCUGUUGAUCCUUUGCAACGUGUUGUACUGCUGGAAGAUUAAUAGGGAUAAGGUAAACGGCAAGUACGACAAGUACCGUGGAUAUGGCGACGACCGUGAUCCUACGUUCAAGUUGGUUCUAUAG